AUGAAUCAGACAGACCAAACGAUCAUGGACGACCAUAUAAGAGUGCGUGGACUCAUGUUUCAUUGCUCUAUUCUGGGAAGUCCUUGGCCCUCUGUAAACGUUGAAUCACCGGCCAGGACGCAGCCUAUAACCGUCUCUGUUGACAUUCAGCACGACAUCCAAGCCGCUGCCCAAUCCGAUGAUGUUUCACUAUCCAUCGAUUACUCGAAGGUUAGCAAGAAUGUUGAAAAAGCGUGCGGGCUCCUUGGAGUGGAUGGUCCGGUCUCUGACACUCCGUACGAUUUAACCGAGCGCAUUCUUGAGUUUGUGCUUAGAGACCUCGAGCACCCGACCCGACAAAUCGAUGUUGAUCUUGAGCUUCCAAAGAUGGUGCUGCGCGCGAAGGGUGCUGGCGUGAAACUUUCGUGGAGACCGGGCGAAGAAAGGAAGAAGAGACAUAGCUUCUUUAUCAUCGAGCUUCCCGUUCACGCCAUUGUUGGCAUACGCUCAUACGAACGCGAGUAUAAGCAACCAGUAGUAGUCAAUAUCGAAUUUGAUGACGCGAGGCAAGGUCGCAGGAACCUCAAAUUUGACUUUGCUGAGCUUGAGUACCGGAUAUCCGAAUUCAUUGAAGCUUCAGCAUACGGAACUAUUGAAGCCUUAGGCCAAGAACUUGCCCGAAGGUGUUUCGUGUGGCUGAAAGAUCCUGCAUCAUUUAAGGUCACAGUUAGGCUCGAGAAACCAGCAGCUGUUAUUUCAGCCCAAGCACCCGAGAUCAAGAUUACGCGCACAAGUUCAGAUUUCCCGUUGUUGACGGCUGAACUUUAUGAGCAAACAACGGGUAAGAUAUUUGCUGCGCUAGCCCUGGGAGCCAACCUCGGCGACCGAUUUCAGAAUAUAGAGCUUGCCAUACGCUACUUAGAGGACUCGAGAUCCCUCCCACUUGAAGAUCUGCCUGUCGGCGAACUUGAAGUCGUCAGCACGAGUUUUCUAUAUGAAUCCCCGCCUCAGUAUCUGGAGGAGCAACCCGCCUUCAUCAACUGUGCUUGUCUGGUCGAAACGACACUGAGUCCAUGCGAUUUGCUGAGAGUCUGCAAGCAUAUCGAAAGGACAGUUGGUAGAGUUCCAAGCGAGCGGUUCGGCCCGCGAGCUAUUGACAUUGACAUUGUCACGUAUGGGGAUUAUACCUUUGACUCCCGAGCUCCCGGGGAUCGUGCAUCGCUGGACAAUUUAGAAGGCCAUCUUGUCAUUCCACACCCACGUAUGAAGGACAGAGAAUUUGUCCUUCGGCCACUAAAAGACAUCAUCCCGGAAUGGGUCCAUCCUCUUUUUCAUCGCUCCGUUCGAUCCCUUCUCGCACAGCUCAUGUCAGAAGGUGAAUCAUCCACCCUAGUCAAGGUGCUCCCAUUCCCGAUCUCCCAAGACCUCCAUCCAUCUGCGGGUUGCAAAGGACCCGCAACACUGACGUACUGGACACUCCCGGAUCUCAUCCCCAAUAUGUCCUCGCAGUUCCGAAAAAACCGUUUGCGGAAAACAUAUAUAAUGGCGACGCUCAACGUGACGCCAGAUUCUUUCUCCGACGGCGGAGAGAACAAAACUCUCGAGACCGCUCUCGCAUAUGCAAAGCGCGCCGUAGACGCUGGUGCAGAUAUAAUAGAUAUCGGCGGAUAUUCAACUCGCCCCGGUGCACUUAGCAUCCCGGCAUCAGAGGAAAUUGACCGCGUAGUACCCGUUAUCCAAGCUAUUCGUUCAUCUAACGUCGCCUCCCUUCGAGCCAUCCCGAUCAGCAUCGACACAUUCCGUGUGAAUGUGGCGAAAGCUGCACUCUCCGCGGGUGCCAACCUCAUCAACGACGUGUAUGCAUUUAACGGUGGGCCAGAAUAUCCCAGCAGUAAUACCUCAACUAUGUCGCAUUUCAUUGAGAUGCGCAAGCUUGCACAUGAUGCAAGCGUACCGGUGGUGAUGAUGCAUUCGCGUGGUGACGCUGGUCAGAACAAAGAUUACAGCGACUACAAGGCCGCUGGAUUUAAGCGGAGUGUCUUGGAAGGUGUGCGUGCAGAGCUUGGAAGGAAGAUUUUACGAGCCACUGAAGGUGCAGGGGCUCUACGGCGAUGGCAGGUCAUUGCUGAUCCUGGGAUUGGGUUUAGUAAGGAUCUGGAUGGGAAUCUAUGCCUCCUGCGGAAUGCAAGCUCGCUUAUUGCAGAUAUUUCCCUUGCCCCGAUGACUUCAUCAUUCAAUACUCAUCCAGACUCGAUUCCUAAAAGCCCUUACACCACGUCAAACUGGAAUCCUCUUGCGGGUUUCCCGUUGCUCGUCGGUGCAUCGCGCAAGUCAUUUCUCGGGACGCUACUCUUGCGGAACCAUGUGCUCGCUCAUGACGAUGCCAGGGCUGGAAAUGAUUUGAGCGAUGGGAGUGGGAGUAGAGUAAAGGGAGAAGAGAGGCCUGCAAGGGAGCGUGAUUUUGCCACAGCAGCAGCAGUGACGUGUGCUGUCGGACAGGGUACUUCUGUCGUUCGUGUUCAUGCUGUGGAGGAGAUGAUUGAUGUAGUACAGGUCGCUACAGCGCUUUACUAUGAAAGUUGA